AUGAACAUAACAUUUUUAAAUAACAUAACUGAAUCAUUACACAUAACCUAUUUUAAUAAUGUUAAAAAUACAUCUUUAACCAGUGAGGAAGAAUUAAUGAUUAUAUCUGAAGAAAUAUUUAAGUCCUCCCAUGAAUUAUUUAAUCAAGUGCAUAUAAAUUAUCAAGGACAUAUAUGCUCAAAUAAUAUUACUGAUAAUGCAUCACAAAGGCUUUUAAAUAUAUCAUCUGUGAUCUUUUCAACACUAACAAUAAAGUCUCUUGUAAAGUUAUUUGAUAACUAUGAAUUGCAUACAUCUCAAUCAGAAAAUAUAACAGAGGAAGAAGAUUUAGAAGAAAAUGAAUUUAUUGUCAACUUACUGAAAACAAAUACAAUGUUACAUGUUAUGCAUUUUUUAUCAAUCAAAGGUUUUUUUAAAAAUGAUUUAAGAGUUUAUAAAAAUGUCUUAAAAGAAAUUUGGUUUCAUUUAUAUUCUCGAACUAAGAACGUAAAUGGCACUUCUGGAUUUGAACAUGUAUUUGUAGGAGAAAGUAAACCACGCAAAGGUAUGAUAGGGCUUCAUAACUGGAUUUCUUUUUCUUAUGGAGAAUUAUCAAACAAAAUUAAUUAUUUUGGAUUUGGCCAUAAUAAAGAAUUUGUUCAUAAAGCUGUUAUUUUAGAAACAUAUUUCACUUACAAUGGAAAACGUAAAAUGUCAACUAUGUUUAUUGGAACAACUCCAGAGUUAGAAAUAGCACUUUACACGCUUUGUUUUUUUACAAGACCGAACAAGAAGUGCAAUUUAUCUUUUACAGGAUAUAAAUUUGGUAUUCAGACAUACAUAAUGAAAAAUAAUGAUAUGAAAUUUGUUGGAUCUGCUUUUCCAAUUUUAUUGUAA